UAGUACUGUGGUAGUGGCAGCAGCCAACACAAGUGGGUCCAGUCUCUCCUCGUAGCUCUGUACAAACUAGCCAUUUAUCAUCAAUCAUGGCCGCCGGAGUACACAUUUAACUCCCGUGUUUCCUCCCUGUCGUCUGGAGGGGAGGAUUUUUGGUUUGAGGAGACACAAUAAUAGUCCUCCACUGAUUUUUGGAUUUCCUCUUGGAAUGACAAUACAUCUCGCAAGGGAAAUACCAUUCAUGUCAAUAAUACUCCAAAAUGCAGCCGCCGCCGAGGAAGGUCAAAGUGACACAGGAGCUGAAGAACACACACGCAGAGCAGAUGACAAGACUGCACUUUAAACACCAGACUGAAUGUGACCUGCUGGAAGACAUGAGGACCUACAGUCUGAAGAAGGGACAGCUGGAGAGGGACUAUGCACAGGCUCUGCAGAAGUUAGCAAGCCAGUACCUAAAGAGAGACUGGCCUGGAAUCAACCCUGAUGACCAGAGAACAGACUACAGGAAUGUGUAUGCAGUGUGGAGGUCGUACUUAGAAGGAACCGUGCAGGUCAGCCAAUCCAGGCUCAACGUGUGUGACAACUACAAAAUUCAAGUAUCAGAGCCCGCUAAGACUGUGAGACUGUAUAAGGAGCAGCAACUCAAAAAGACCAUAGAUCAGUUGAGUGGCAUUCAAGCAGAGCUGCAGGAGUCGGUGAAAGACUUGGCAAAAGCCAAGAAAAAAUACUACGACUGUGAGCAGGUUGCCCACGCCAUUCGAGAAAAGGCCGACAUAGAGGCCAAGUCUAAACUGGGUCUUUUUCAGUCAAGAAUUAGUUUACAGAAAGCAAGUGUAAAGUUGAAAGCCAAGAGAAGUGACUGUAACUCCAAGGCAACACACGCAAGGAACGACUACUUGCUAACGCUAGCAGCUGCCAAUGUUCACCAUGACCGUUACUAUCAUACUGAUCUACUGCACUGCAUACAGGCCUUGGACGGCAGGAUCUAUGAGCACGUGAAAGACUACCUGGUAGAGCUGAGUCGUACCGAGCUAGAGGCAUCGCAAGCCUCUCACAACACCUUCCAGUUCCUGUUGGACAAAUCCACCAGGGUAAUACAAGAAUACAACCAGCAGUUGUUCAUGCAGGAGAACCCAGUGUUUCACAAAGCACACGACUUCCAGUUCCAGCCCAGCGAUUGUGACACGACUCUGAGCUCGGUGCCGCAGUUGGUGGACAUUGAGCCGUCGCCCGUCAGUGCCAUGAGAAUGACCCUGGCACAGAGUCGACAGCUGGAGUCGGAGACGGGCACGACGGAGGAGCACAGUCUGAACAAAGAGGCCAGGAGAUGGGCAACCAGAAUCGCCAGAGAACACAAGAACAUCAUACAUUACAAGAGAUGUCUGGAGGAGUGUGAGAACCAUGGCUUGCCCCCCACAGAGCAGGGGAGACUAGAUCUGGAGUUGAAGAUCGACGAGACCAAAGAAAACAUACGCAAAGCUGAGGUACCUGACUCACAUUGUCAACAUUUCUUUUUGUUCACACAGUGGAUACAUAUUGGGAUAUUUGUGUCUGCUGAGAUUGCUGGUGCACAAAAGGGAAGGGCCUCUCAGCCGGAUGAGUUAACUAUUGAUGAGCAGGAGAUGUUGGAGGUCAUAGAGGAUGGCGACAUGGAGGACUGGGUCAAGGCGCGCAAUAAGACCGGUCUCAUUGGCUAUGUCCCGGAGAAAUACCUGCAGUUCCCGACCUCCAACAGUUUGCUCAGCAUGCUCCAGUCUCUGGCGACUCUCGAUGCUCGAUCCCACACCUCGUCCAAUUCCACCGAGCCAGAGCUGCACUCGGGCUGCAUCAAUGGAGACACUAACAUCAUUUUUGUCCGCGCACUUUAUGAUUAUGAUGGCCAGGCAGACGAGGAACUCUCCUUUUCGGAGGGAGCUGUGAUUCGUCUGUUGAACCGCGACACUCAGACGGACGAUGGCUUCUGGGAGGGGGAGAUCAACGGACGGGUGGGCGUCUUCCCCUCCGUGCUGGUAGAAGAUCUCGCUGAGAAUGGGGAGACCAGUGGAGGAGGGCCUGGUGACAUACAGGUAUGUAAAACAAUUAGUCAGGGACCCCUUAAGUAACACUCAGCUCUAGAUUCAUCCAUCACUCUG